GGCGUGCAUGCUUUACCCUGUGUGCUGCCGCAAGGGGAAGGUGUUAUGCGGCUGUAAGUUAGAGGGGAUGUAUAAAGCAAUAGCCAGGGUAGUUUCCCGAGCCGCCUUCGCCUUCAGGCAUGGCCAGGCAGACAUUCGGACUAAGAAAUGGAGACAUCGAGGUGUGGUAAGGGACACUAUAUUUGCUUUAUCUUCGGGGUACGGAAAGUGUGGUGUGUCUGUGAUCCGUACCAGUGGCCCUGCAAGUGGGGAGGCGCUAAAGCUUCUGACAGGAUGGCCAGAACUUCCUACACCCCGGAAGGUUAUAUUGGCAGCAAUCUCUUGUCCCAACUCUGGAGAGCUACUGGACAGGGGACUGGUAGUGUGGUUUUCAGGUCCUCGCAGUUUCACGGGAGAGGAUUGCUGUGAAUAUCAUGUGCAUGGAGGUCCAGCUGUGGUUAGGGGAGUACUACAUGCCCUGGGAGAUCAACACAUGCUACGUCAAGCAGAACCAGGGGAAUUCACCAAACGGGCCUUUCAGAAUGGAAAACUUGAUUUAACAGAAGUAGAAGGGCUAGGAGAUCUCAUCCAUGCUGAUACAGAGCUUCAGAGGAGGCAGGCUUUACGCCAGAUGUCUGGAGAACUUGGAAACUUGUAUCAGCAAUGGAGCCACCGACUGGUCACGGCUCUAGCUCACGUUGAGGCAUAUAUUGAUUUCAGUGAAGAUGAUGAUGUGGAAGAUGGUGUUCUGACAGCAGUCGAUGAGGAGGUCGGGAGGCUUAGGACGGAGCUGACGGAACAUCUGUGCGAUAGCCGGCGAGGGGAGAGAUUAAGAGAUGGCAUUCACGUUGUUCUCACAGGAGCCACCAAUGCAGGGAAAAGCAGUCUUCUCAAUGUGAUAAGCCAGAAACCAGCUGCCAUUGUCUCACCGAUUCCUGGCACUACCCGUGAUGUGGUGGACACAACUCUGAAUAUUGGUGGUUACCCCAUUAUAAUGAGCGACACUGCUGGCCUAAGAGAUUCUGUAGAUCCAAUAGAGAGGGAAGGAAUAAGACGAGCUAAAGAGCGGCAGGGUGAUGCGGAUAUCCUUGUAGCUGUGGUGGAUGCAAGUAAGGUUGACCUUGACAAGGACUCUGUACUAACCCAUUUGCAGGGUCUCUUGCACUCCUGCCCUCAGGCAGAAAACUUUGGUGGAGUUAUACUUGUGUUCAACAAGGUGGAUCUUCUCCAGCAGUCAUCUUUCAUCCAACUGCAGGAACUUUGUGGAAAUCCUGAACUGCCUGCAGUAUGCCUGCUGUCCUGCCAUACUGGGCAAGGAGUGCUCCACUUCCUGGACAUUCUCCGAGAACUACUUGAAAACAUUUGUGGUGAUCCCCUGGAAGGAUCUCCUAGCAUCACCCAGGCUCGGCAUCGGCUACACCUCACUAAGUGCUUAGAUGCCCUCCAGGAAUACCCCACGUACAGGGACCAGGAUUUGGUAAUAGCGGCUGAGGAACUACGUAUUGCCCACAGACAGCUAGGGGCCAUAACAGGCAAAGUGGGAGCAGAGGAGAUAUUGGACAUUAUAUUUCGUGAUUUUUGCAUUGGAAAGUGACCUAGUCUGUACUGAACACAUGUACCGUGAUUUGCAGUAUGUGACUGUUCACGGGUACUGUGGAGACAUUUGCAUUGGAAAGUGAUCCUAUUUGAAUCUCGGAUUUCAGUAUCAAGUAAACAGCAAAUGUUAUCCCUUAUCAUUUAUUAACAGGUGGCAUAUUUUCUAUUUUAUUUAUUUUCUAUAGCCAUGUAUGUACAUUUAAAAACAUGCAUUGGUCUGACUAAAAUUACACCCAGAGGAAAACCUUGUUUAUUUUGUUAUAUUAACUGCCAAAAAAAAACUUUUCCACCUUUCCUGUGAACAUAUAGCAGUUGUUUUUGGUUUAUGUAAUCCAUUUAUAAGCCUAGAUGUUUUGCCUGUCUUCCAGUAACUGUUGGCCAAGUAACUAAACUGCAAGCAUCGCUGAGAAAUUUUCCUGUUCGGACAUUUUGUACUUUGAAUAUGAAAUUCACUUUUAAUUCUCACUUUAGUAAAUAACCCCGGUAUAUUUUUACGUCAUGUAUGUUAUUUAAAGAAGGCUAUUUUUAUAACGGCUACACGUGUUUGAUGACGACAUAAACUCCGUUGUAGAAAGCAUUGUGAAAGCUUCUGAAACAGCAGAGCUGGUGAUGAGAACACGCUUAUAUUAUUGGUAGAUUUGGGUUGGGGGAACAAAUGAGCUAUCUAAAUGGAAGAAAGUAAUUUUAUUUUAAUGGGAAUUAUAGAAAAUUUUUUA